AUGGCAGGCUGGGCGCUAUGCACAGUCCUGGUGCUGGCAGCACUAGCAGGGGCGGUGGGUGAGAGCCGCUAUGAGAAGUUCCUGCGGCAGCAUGUGGACCACCCCCGGACACCUUCACUCGCCGCACACCGCUACUGCGAGACCAUGCUGGCACGCCGGCGGGUGACGGCCCCAGGACAGCCCUGCAAACCCUCAGUUCCUGCGGCAGCAUGUGGACCACCCCCGGACACCUUCACUCGCCGCACACCGCUACUGCGAGACCAUGCUGGCACGCCGGCGG